GUUGUGUGAGAAAAAAAAUUACACGAGAUUCGACAAGUAGCCUCGGUAGGCUAACAGUACAGCUAGCAAAUAGCUAGGUCGCACGGACCUAGAUAUUAUCAAAAAGGGACAGCUGGGGGUCAGCUUGCUGCGUUUAGGUUAAGUUAGCUAACUAUCAAGAAGGCAUUUAUUUUGUAGGCAGUGACAGGAAGUACCAGAGUUAAAUUUCCCAUUGCCAACUUUUUUCCUGUGCGUUAAAUUCCUGAAGUUUGUGUGUCCAUUGUUUGUUCGUUAGGACCAAGAAAGAGUGGAUAUUUGGCAUAAUAAUAGCACCAAAAAAAAAGAGCUGCCAAGACACCGUGUAAGUAAGUGCAGACUGAGACGAAUGAGACCCGAAGGGCUCUGGUGGUGGACAUAAUUUUUCGCUUCUUUUUUGGCUGGUUGAAGCCAAGGCAGAGGGAGUGAAACUCCUGAUGUAAAGGAAGGGAAGGUACGGGGGAAGAUAACUAGGAGGAGUUGAGGAAGGAGCGGAGCUAACUAGCUGUUAUGUGGCAAAACUCUUAACUACUUCUCCCGACAACGAGAGCAGCAGAGCUGUGUUUUUAUUUGAGAGAAAGUGCCCUGUAGAAGAUGGAGGGAGAGAAGGAGCGACAGCGGGAGGAGAAGGAGAGUAACGAGGCAGAAGACGACAGGAGGAGUGAUGAAGAGGCUGACAAUGAUGAGGAGGAGGAGGAGGAGGAUGAAGACUCGGAGGGCGCAGCGCUGAUCUGGCAGGAGGGCUACGGCGAGGACAGUCUGGGCCUUCCCAUCAUGCACUGGGAGGCGCUGAGCCUGCGCAUCGCCGAGCUGGAGAAGCAGGAAGAGGAGAAUAAGGAGAAGAGGGCUAAGAGCGGAGUUUGUCUGGAGCGAGGCAGAGCUCCAGUGAGCUGGGCCGAGGACCGAGGGAGGAGAGCCGAGGGCCGCGAGGACCGAGACGACGCCUGCAACAGCCACGUUCUGGCCCUCACCUCCCGCCUGCAGACCCAGAUGAAUCUUCAGCUCUGCUUCAUCAACGACAGUGAAAGUGAAGAGGAGGAGGAGGACGAGAAGCAGGGAGAGAUCAGCCAGAAGGAAAGCAGCAGCACACGGAGGGGGAGCGUUCAGGUCCAUAAGAACCCUCCGCCUGCUGCCAAGCCGGAGAAACCCAAAUCCAGAGGCUUCCGGAACACUCUGAGGAACCUCAGAGACCGGCUGAGAACAGACCACAAAACACUGGCUGCAGCUCGUAGUGAUCCUGUAGUCCAGAGACGACACGUGGAGCGCAGUGAUUUACAAAACUUCAGCAUUAAGGACCUGAAUGCUCUCUGCACGUCUCUCAGCCAGACCAUCCAAGACCUGAGCUCCGACCUGGUGGGUCGCCUGCAGGUGCGAGACCAGCUGAGGACGGAGCAGGACGCCAUGCUGCUGGAGGUUCAGGACCUGACAUCGCUGUGAGCCUGAGGUUCAGCCGUCGAGCCUGUGGCUCUGUCCCACAAAACACUUGAACAAUUGUCAAGGCUGUGAACAUUGUCGUGAGUCAGACGGUGCCACAGUGGCCUCCACAAACAUCUCAGUCAGUCCCUCCUGCUGUCAGGGCUGACCAGCCAAUCACUGUGAAGACUGUCCCUCCCUGAAAAGGACCAUGACAUUCAUUUGCAUAGUAUUUUUCAGUGUUAUUCUCUGUGUUGUGUAUUUAUAAGGGAUAAGGGAAAUGUUGUCUCACUAAAGGAUAGUGUCCACCAGCAGUGGUGUAAAACUCACGUUGCUGAACAGUAAGGAGUUGGACACAACAUCCAGGCAGUGGAUGUUGGCCUUAUAGGAACACGCCAGGGUUUCUCCCAUUGUAUUGCAGGCCUGGUGGUCCACCACCACCAGGCCUAAACCACUAGGGAUUAUUUUGUAAUGUAUUUUAAAGAAUUUUUUUAAACUAGUUGCAGUGGCUUGCCGUAAGCUUGAUAUUAAUAAACGUCUGUUACAUUCAAGCCAUUACCAAAUGAGUUGCUACAAAGCUAAUUAAGACUAUCCGCUCCACACAACUCUCUCUGGAUUUGUCAUUAUGACUAUGUUCAGAAGAUUGUGUCGUCCGGCAACUUUCACGCGCAGAAACUCAAUAAUGACCUCUUCUGAAGAGUCUGUCAUGUUUUUUUCAUCCUCUGUGUCCUCCUUGGCUACUAGGCCCUACGUGGAGGAGGGGUGGGGGCGCGAUCACGGAAGGCUUGUGUCAUGUGGACGCACCAACCGAGUUUUGUCAUUACGUAGAAUUCUUCAUGGGGGAGACAAAAACUAGGCACCGUAGCUUUUAGCACUGACCUAAUGCAGGGCUCUGUGGUAUCUGUCUUAUAGCUUUUUGAAAUUCUCAAUGCUGUCCAUAAUUCUGUUAUCACAGAAACUAUUGGGCUCUACAUUAAUGCUGCCAUCAGUCUGUGACUUGCCCCCGGCCAAAGACACUUGCCAUCAACAACUUUUCUGGUGGAAACCUUGCACGCUGCCAUUUUUGGGGAGGAAAUAUGCUUGUUUCUCUUCUUACUCUGAGUCAGAGGAGAGGAUGAGUACCGGUGAAGAGAAAUGUAUGUAUAACUGCUAGAGGCGAGCUCACUAGCGUGCAGUGAAGCGGUGCCGUGUAAAAAAACGCGUAUAUGGAAAGGUACCAUUAGAUCAUUCACUACGAGACAGUCUGACCCACCGGAUGUAGACUGUUGGUAAAAGCCUGCCAUUGGCCGCCUGUUUGAGAGGUUAAUUCUCCUCCCCUUUCUGCUAUCUCCGCUAACUAAUUUUGCAAGGGCUCCGUCGCUUAGCGCCACCCAGACUUGGUGUGUAAAUAUCUCUACUCAGCAAUGCAUGUUUGUACUUCAGACAGAAAUAGACGAGCAGUUUUCCCCCUGCUUCCAGUUAAUGCUAAAGCCGGAUAAAAAGUGACCAGACCAAUCAAAUCAGUGGACUGAGAGACAAACACUGGUACUUAUCUCAUUUGAGGGUUUUAAGGCAAGACCAUUAAACACACACCUGUUUGGAUGGUUUCCAGUUUCUAAAAUGGGAGGAUGCUUCUGCAUUGAGUACU